CAGCUCCACACUCUCUUCACACUCAUUGUCUUUCCAUGUGGAUGUAGCAGCAAUUCUACCAACCUGGGAAACCGCAGAAAUAGAGGAAAAGGGAUUGCAGAGGGACAGAGAGAGACAGAUAGAGAGAGAGAAAGAGACAGGUGCUGCAGGAGGGGAGAUCAGGAAGAAGGAGGAGGAGAUUUCUCCUCGAGCAGAACAGAGACGAGAGAAGCCGCACACAGUUACACAGAGGAAUUCCUAAACAGCUGUCCGGCAGACCUCCUGCCUGUGAGGAACGGACAUCCAGGGCUAAAAGACGGAAAGACAUUGUGAACGACAAGGAGGAAGAGAACACCACAUUGCCUACACUACAAAGAAUUUUGGAAAGUACAUUUUGACAAGACAAGCAACUACUUCUGCAGGAACAACGGAGAGGUUCAUCUUAAGGAGGUAAAUACAGAGAAAAACAACACCUCUGGCCUAUUGGGACCAAAUCAGCCCAAAAUUGAGGCCUGAGGACACUGUCACUGUAUCUGCACCUACAUCCCAAAAUCAUCUAGUGUCUGAGAAUGUAACUCCUCAUUUUCUGAGGAGAACUCAGCUCAACAUCAGUUGUGCAUCAUAUGAUUAUAGGGUUUAAAGUCAUCUCCCUUUCUUCUUUCUCUUCUACCACGGAUUUUACUGUUGUGAGAUGCCAGCCAAAACUCCCAUUUACCUGAAAUCCAACAACAGCAAGAAAGGCAAGAAGUGUCGUCUAAGAGACAUUCUGUCCCCAGAUAUGAUCAGUCCUCCACUCGGAGACUUCCGUCAUACUGUCCACAUUGGAAAAGGGGGUAUGUGUGACACCUUUGGAGACAUGACCUUCCUUCAAGGCAAGUUUGAGCUGCUUCCAGGUAAGAGUGGCCUGGUUCGGCCACAGUAUGGUGCCCAUGGCGAGUUCAUGCGAGCUAACAGUGCAUCUGAUGCCUCUUACAUUGAAACUCCUUCACCAAUCCUGAAGAAUGCCAUCUCCCUUCCUUCCAUUGGGGGAAGCCAAGCAUUGACCCUACCUCAUAUUAAUACUACUAUGUUACCCAUGACCCGAGACUCACUGGAUGAUCCACCCACUCCACCUGCCAUCUCAGAGGGGAUAGAUGAUCUAGAAAUCCUGCAAAUGGAAAACCUUCUUCAGUCCAUAACUAUCUUCAGACGUGAUCCCAGCCCUGUUCUAGAGGAGAUUAGUGAGAAAUCUUUAUUUCCUAUCAACAUUUUGGAGAAAUCACUGGAAAAGAAUACCCCCAUGUACACCUCUCAAGAUGAGGACACAAAGCACCCAUUAAUGUCUGUCUUUAUCAAUGGCAAUCACAAUGAAAAUGAAAACAGGAAUAGAAGUAGCAAAUGUAAAGACAACAGCAUCAACAAUAAUGGCUAUAAUGACAUGAACAGUGACAUCUUUCAGUAUGAAAAAGAGAUGGCCAGCAUGAAUCGAGAUUGGGAAAAUAGAGAUAGUGGUGUAGAAGACGGACGCAUUUGUGACUUUGACUUUGAGCUCUCUAAAUCCAAGAGUCUGUCUCAAGAGUCUGUGAACCACAAGUCUGGGUCACUGCUUUCUCUGGAACUGGACUUGGGCCCUUCUAUCUUGGAUGACAUACUCAAUAUCAUGGGUAAGCCUGAAUCUUGAAUUGUGUCUCUGGCAGAAGCAGGAAGAGAAAAGAGACUUACCAAUGAAAUUAAAACACACAAGGUUUAUGGGUGUUCUACAUUGGAAAUUAACUAAAAACAGAACUGGUGCAAUGAUAUUUCUCCAAAUAUAUUUUUUAUCCCCAACUUCAACUUUCUGUGCUUAAUCAAUGUUGUUUCUUCUGUGGGUCAUAAAAGAUGCAUGCUUUAUCAAAUUUUGGAAAGCUACACAAAUAUAUUGUGCCUUUUGAAGGCCACCAUUGGGUUAAGUCUAGAACUAAAAUGGUCUGAUGUGCUCUCAGUUCUAUCACAGGUGUAAAUAAAACCAGUACAUUUCACUGUAUGCUGUUGCUCACUAAUGCACAAUGUUAUAUGUUAUGUAAUUAAGUAAUGUAAUGAUAUUUCUCUAAAAGAUGUACAGCUGUGUAAAUUAUCUCCAGACUUUGUCACAACCAACCCCACCCCAACCCUAUACAGAUAUUAUAUUUAUACUGACAAUCUCUUUAACUGUCCUUCUAAAGCAUCAAUCAUAUACCUAUGUUUUUACUGUGUGGAGAUGCAAUAUAAAAUAAAUGAGUAAAUAAGUUA